CGCCUUCAACACCAACUAUCCUCUAAUUAAAGUAUAAAAGAGAUGGAUGAAUUAUGGGACAUCUGGAAUGGCCAGUUACUUGUGGGAAAGCGGGAUCUUGGGCCAGCAAUAAUAUGGUCACAGUACAACACACUUAUCCCUGGACUUGGUGGAAAGUUAAAGAUGACAUGCAUCACAGAAUAUGAUGACCUUUGGAGUAAGAUCUUGCAGAGUGAGCAGUCUUUACUAUCAUGUAAAUAUCCUACAUGCAUUCAAGGGAAGACUGUGUCAGUGUUUAGUAUCUCAUGUCACAGCUCAGCAUUCCUCCAGCUCACUCAAGAAUUGACACAAACACAGAAGCCUUGUAUAUUGACAUCAGAGUUGAUCAACCCAGGACUGCUGGUAGAGGUUGUUCUAGCACCUGAUUGUGGUGAGCUACAGCAACUGGGACUAAAAAAGUUUCCAAAUUCUCAUCAACCCUCUAUCAAUGUCAUCUUUAUAUUCAGCAAAAGUUUAGAGACUACUAUGAACAUUUACAAGGAGCUGCAUAUUGGCAAGUUCUCGUGGGUUAUCAGGCAUUAAAAAAAUUUCCAAAAAGGAGCAGGAGUUGAGUAAUAUUCUUCAGAAGAACAUCCUGAAACUUUGGAA